CGCACGCCUAAACUGCGAACCACUGGCCCUGCGUCAUGUGCGUCAACCCCCGCAACGGCACCGGCACUGCGGAGGCCGGCGCGGCACGUCGUAGUAAAUAACAAUUGGCGAACGUUUGGGCCUUCGGCUGAAUACAGUGAUGGAGACGCGGAUUACUACCAACUUACAAGUAGAUUGAGUCAGCAGUAUGAAUGGUUUGCUCCGGGCCAGCAGCAGCAAGAGCAAGAGGAGGCCUCAAGCUCCGCUCAGGAGCCACAGCAGGAUCAGCGUGAGGCUUCCUUUGGGCUAUCAGAGCGACAGAUCCGGGCGUUGGGACUAGCUGGGCCGCGUACAGAUUUGCCGGACCCGAAAACGCUUUCGUCAAAGGCUUACCUUCGCGGCGAAAAAUUUCAGCCGGAGCAGUUUGGGUUUAACGUCACAAACAUGGCUGGCGGAAGUUAUCGCGGCCGCGGUUACAGCGGGGCGCGUGCAGCUUACGGCGAAUACCCCAAUUACCCAGAGGGCCGGCCAAUUUUCCUGCCGGAGGCGGAGCGCUUCGGGAACCCGCCGGACCUGCCAUCUCUACUCCUCCAGCAGCGUGUAAUCUAUAUUAGCAUGCCGUUCCUGCCCUCCGUCACCGAGCUGGUGGUGGCCCAGUGCUACUACCUGGACUUCGACGACCGCAACCGCCAGCGGCCCAUCUACGUCUACCUCAACUCCACGGGCUGCAUCAACGACAAGGGCCAGGCCAUCUCCGCAGACAACGAGUUCUACGCCAUUUGGGCGGCGCUGGGCUUCACGCGCGCGCCGCUGUACACGGGCGUGACGUGGAAGGCGCAGAACCAGGCGGCGGUGCUGCUGUCGGCGGGGCAGAAGGGGCACAGGUACUCCUUCCCGCAUGCCAAGAUCUCCACCGCUCCCCCCGUGGUGAACCGCGUGUUCGGCCAGACGGUUGACGCGCAGCUGCAAGCCAACGAGCUGGAGUACGCCACCAAGUACUACGCGGCCAUCCUGGCGCGGUCCACCGGGAAGGACCUGGAGACCUGCCAGAAGCAGUACCUGUCGCGGAAACGGUACUUCUCGGUCAAGGAGGCGUACGAGGAGGGGCUGGUGGACAAGCUGGUCCCCGGCUACCUGCUCAACCGCUUCCGCAAGAUGCAGAAGGACGCGGGGGGCGGAGAGCAGGAGCUGUUCGACACGAACAAACCCAAGUUCAAGUUCACGCGCCAGGCGUAAAGGUGGGCGCGAGGGACGAGGCGUUUGGGCUCGCGGUGUGUGUCGAGGCGUUGGGUUCGUUGGAUGUGUGGGCGCCGCGUGGGUAGGGGCUAUAAGGACUGAUGCUUGAGGCGUAGGAGGGGGUGGGGCAGGAGGAGCAUGCGGGUGAUGUUAGGUAGCGGGAGGAGUUUCGGAUGGUUGAGGAGGAGGAGGGGGGUACGCCUCCUCCCCCUUCAGUGUUGUUCAGUGUAUACCGUACCAUGGCUGGCAGGACCUCAGCAGCCGCCGGUUGCCCCGCACGUUGACACCUUGUAGGCAGUGUAACAAUAGCGCAUGUGCGACGUGUUUACCAAAAGGCCGCGGAAUCUGCGUGUAACGUACGUGCCAUGCAGUUGCCAAGCGCGAGGGAGGUGGUGGUGGUAGUGGUGUUGGGAUAGGGGGUCGAAGGGGGCGCGUUGCCAACCCGCGUUUUUCUUCCGUUGCGUUACACGCGCAUGGUCUGACACGAGAGGGGUAAUUGGGGGCCUAGUAAAUUGCUCUCCCUUCGUUGCCGAGGACGCCUCUUGCAAAGCGUGUUGACGAUUUUGACGAGUGUUUGAAGACAGACCAAUCACAACGGAGAGUUUGUCUUGACGGGCUUUUCAGGGCCAUGCUGAGAGACUGAUUCCAUCUGUACAGGUUCUUCGAGCGUAGGCAGAGGAGCAUAGAACCUUAGCGCAGGCUGUGCGGCUGAUUCGGGGCGAUGAUGAGCUCCUCCCUUAAGACGAUGUUGCGGUAUCAAAGGCACGAGACUCGGCCCAUGACUCCAACCUCCAAUUAAUGAGAGCCUCCAGGGAACACCGGACGUCCUACGCGGGCUGCGUCGUAAAUAGGAAGACCCCUGUAAGCUCGUGUGUUGUCUUGGGCCAGCCAGCUUUGGAUACUGUUGCGCGCUCUCGCAGUGCUGAAAUAACCCAGCAGGACGAUGAUGUCAUGGGCGCUGUCCGGCCGCUCUCGGGGGCGAGGAAACUUCCUGGUGGGAUGGUACGGG